GGCCGGGCCAGGCGCGCGUCGGGCCGGGAGCGGAGCGGAGCCGCACCGCACCGUCGCCGGGACCAGCCGCCGCCGCGUAGUCCCCGCCGCCGGGACAUGGAGGGCGUGCGGCCUGGCGGGGGUCCCCCCGCGGGGGGGCAAGGUUCAGGCUCAGGGUCCGGGUCCAGCUCCUUCCCGUCUCUCUUUCCGCCGGGGCUGCACGGUAUCUACGGCGAGUGCCGCCGUCUCUACCCCGACCAGCCCAACCCGCUGCAGGUCACCGCCAUCCUCAAGUACUGGUUGGGAGGACCUGACCCUUUGGACUAUGUUAGCAUGUACAGAAACCUGGGAAAUCCAGCGCUGAAUGUUCCUGAGCACUGGCACUACAUCAGCUUUGGGUUAAGUGACUUGUAUGGAGACAACAGAGUACAUGAGUUUACAGGAACAGAUGGACCAAGUGGUUUUGGAUUCGAGCUGACAUUUCGACUAAAGAGAGAAACAGGGGAGUCGGCACCACCUACCUGGCCAGCAGAGUUAAUGCAAGGCUUAGCCAGAUACGUCUUCCAGUCAGAGAACACCUUCUGCAGCGGUGACCAUGUGUCGUGGCACAGCCCCUUGGACAACAGUGAAUCUAGAAUCCAGCAUAUGUUACUGACAGAAGACCCUCAGAUGCAGCCAGUGCAGACUCCUUUUGGGGUUGUGACAUUCCUACAGAUUGUGGGGGUUUGCACUGAGGAACUACAUGCAGCUCAGCAGUGGAACGGGCAAGGAAUCCUGGAACUGCUUCGGACCAUCCCAGUAGCUGGAGGCCCCUGGUUGAUAACAGAUAUGCGAAGAGGAGAGACAAUAUUUGAGAUUGAUCCACAUCUGCAACAGGAGAGAGUCGACAAAGGGAUCGAGACAGAUGGCUCAAACCUGAGCGGAGUGAGCGCCAAAUGUGCCUGGGAUGAUCUGAGCCGGCCCCCGGAGGAUGACGAAGACAGCAGGAGCAUUUGCAUUGGGACCCAGCCGCGGCGGCUCUCCGGGAAGGAUACAGAGCAAAUCAGGGAGACUUUGCGGAGAGGGCUUGAGAUUAACAGCAAACCUGUUCUACCUCCAAUAAAUGCACAACGACAGAACGGGUUGAACCAUGACCGGGCACCAAGCCGUAAGGACAGUUUAGAAAGCGAGAGCUCAGCAGCUAUCAUUCCUCACGAGCUAAUCCGCACGAGGCAGCUGGAGAGCGUGCACCUGAAAUUCAACCAGGAGUCCGGAGCACUCAUCCCCCUCUGUCUAAGGGGAAGGCUCUUACAUGGACGGCACUUUACAUAUAAAAGUAUUACAGGGGAUACAGCAAUCACGUUUGUAUCAACGGGAGUAGAAGGAGCCUUUGCCACAGAAGAGCACCCCUAUGCAGCACAUGGACCUUGGUUACAAAUCCUGUUGACUGAAGAGUUCGUAGAGAGAAUGCUGGAAGACUUAGAAGAUCUGAAUUCUCCAGAGGAAUUUAAACUUCCAAAGGAGUACAGCUGGCCUGAAAAGAAACUGAAAGUUUCCAUCUUGCCAGAUGCCGUGUUCGACAACCCGCUGCAUUAGAGCUGAAUUACACCCUUCUAACAACUGGGAGAGCCAAGUUACUGUCCAUUACCCAGUGACUCACAGGAUAAUUAAUGCAGUAAAAACUCUGCCUGCAAAUAAAAGAGUUUGCUGCACGACCACUGCAAACAGAAGAGAAGCUCCUCAGCACCAGCCCAGCCCGAACUGAGCCCUUCCCUUUAUCCUUCCCAAGGCUGAGCUCUCUGGGAACAGCCUGCGUAUGUGUGAGUGCGAGUGAGAAAUAUUUAACUAUGAAAAUUAGCAGUAAGAAUCCUUUUUCUCUCUCCUAGCUACAGAGCUCCCCUCUGCCUUAGCCCAGGGUGUAGACGCUCUGCACGCCUGUAUUUACACAUGCGUUUCUGCCAGGUGCGAGCCUAUAAUCCGUGGAUUAAAUGUUCUUUACGUGACUCUGGAGUCCUUUUGUUAGCCAAACUUUUACUGACUGCAGAACUGUUCUUCCAUGUGCUAUUUUUUUUCACUUUGCUUUUCAGAAACGGAAUGGUAUUUCCCCUGUUUAAAGGAGGCCAAAAGCUCACAUGCUUGAAGCUGAACAGAUUUAAAAGAUGAACUUUCUAGUUCAGUCAAGAAAAACAAACCCAGAUCCUCCCUGGCCUCAAAUUAGGCAUGUUUUAAGUGUUGGUCUUGGUGCUAUUAGCUAUGGUAUCGCUGCAAACAGAGGCAACUUUAUUCUCGAGCAUCCUGUCCUUGUGCCUGAACCCCAGGGAAGGUCGCAACCUCUGGUUUUGCACAAGCAGGAGGAAGAAAGCUACCGGGGUGGGGGAGAUCUCCUGUUUACAGUGUGUUUAUCUUUAAAGAGAUACUGUCAAGUAUUUUUUCCUUGCUAUUGUACAGAAUUUGAGAAGCUAGAAAGGACUGUUUGUUCACAGGGACAACUUCAGCAGCUCUGCAGGAUCCAGUGGGCUGCUUGAAUGCAUAUGAAAUGGAGAUCUCCGCUGCCCUGGCAUAGCAGAGAGGAAACUCAGCCUCAAUAAAGCCAACUAUUCUCGCUUUUCCAGCAGGGUUGUGCCCUAGUACAGCUCCAUUUUCCCCUCUGGCCUCGCUAUGGAGGCUCUUGUUGUUGAUGUCCCUCUUUUCAGAUAGAUCUGAACUGUAAAGCAUUGAAAGCAGUUUGAAAAGGCCCCUCUCUAGAUCCCUGUGGCUUCUUCUUUGGAGGUGUGCAGAGGAGACAGUCUCUGCUUCAAGAUGCUGGCCCCUGCGGCUAUGCUGCAGCAAACCACCUCAGGCUUCACCCCCUGCUGAUGUUGCAGGUUGUUUCUGAUCCAUAUUCCCCAGCCUUCCUCUGCCCAUUGUCUUUUGAUGACAACUCUUCACUCCUUGUCAGGGGAGAUGCAGCUUUCCUUCUACCCCUUUCUGCCUAACUUGACCGUUUUAUGCGCAAUUGCUGUGUGAUCCUAAUACAAGUAUAACAAAAGCUUUUAACACUUAACUCCCCUGAUCAAACAGCAAAGUCCAGCAGGCCUCACAGUACCCCAGGGUUGGUUUUCUGUUUGUUUUCUGAUUUAAUUUCUUCCUGGCAGAGUCAGCUUUGAUGUUUUUUGCAUACAUUUGAGGCGGGUUAAUGCUGGUCAAGAAGCAGAGCUAGGAGCCACAAAGCUUUCCUUGGACUUGCUACAGAAUUCCUCUGUGGCCUCAGGCAAGUCACUCAAUGUCUCUGUGCAGAGAGGGUGAUUAUUGACUAGAGGGCUGUAGGACCUACCCAAGCAUGCCAGGGUUUGCAGGGGAGGGCGUGCUUUGUGUACAAAGUAGUACUUGUCUUAUUAUAAUUGUUGUUAUAUUAUAAUUUAAGGCAGGCCAAAUGCAGGGUCCAACACUGCUCGUCAGAACCUUCCUUUCUGCAAAGCUAGGAAAGCAAUUUACAUGUAAAUGAGUUUGUCAUUUUGUCUGAACUCAGAGGAUCAUCUUAAAAUCCUGCUGCGAAAGAACAAACUUUCACAUAUCUGCGUGUGCCAGCCAGAAUGGUUUCUGUGCUGUGGCAGACUGCAUUCAGCCCUGGGAUCUCUUGGCCAGUUUUCAUCGUCCCACUUAGCACUAAGCAUCCCUUCUACAGCCUGGAUGUAUAUGCAGGGCACAGCAUGGGCGAGAAAGCAGCAUGGAAAUGCACCAGCCUGGCUUCAAAAAUGACAUACCCAGUGUCCCACCACGAGAUAUUGAGCAAACGGGUGAUUGUGGCAGUCAGGGCAGGGGCAGCAAGUAGCGUUUCGUCCCAAAGCCAUCCGCCAACGGUAGCCCAUGGACUGCUCUUGUACGAGCUUGCCGGGGGUGCCUGCAGCAGAGCUGGCCCCUUGCCACGAUGCUGACUGCUCUUCCUUGUUUCCAGAUGCUAGCUCUCAUUAAAAGGAGCUUAAAAUCCACAUCUUAGUGGAGAAGGGACAUUUGGAAGGUCAAUUGUUGCUCUUCCUGCAGAGAUCGGCGCGGGGCAGAGCAAAGUCCAUCAGACCCUCUCUGGGCUGUGACACACAUCUGGAAAGCUGAGGACCUCCUGCCCUAUGAACUCUUUGAGCCUUUGCCACAGGGAUGUGGUGCUGGACGUAGGGAAGGCACCUCCUCCAAGCUGCCUUGUGCUCCAGUUCUGCCUUUCUCAUGUGUGUGUUUUCCUCACCAUAUUUACUCUCAUCAGACGCUCUGGGUUGGGUUUUCAUUGACUUCAGCGAGAGCACACUGAAUGCAUCUGAAAAUCCACCCAGUAUCCUUGUGUGUGUGUGUGUGUGUAUUUUGGUUCCAUGUCAUGUAUUUAUAUAUAGUUCUGUGUAUUUCAGUCAUGAACAGGUGGCAUGCCAGAAAUCUCUAUUUCUGAGACACUUUCUCACAGAUCUUUGCUGGUAGCCAGAUAACAGUUGAGGGGCAGGUUUGAAGGGAAGGAAAGGAAAUCUCCCUAUUUAGUUAAGGGGGGAAAUACUAGAUAAGUAACUGCUAAAAUAGAAAUCUCUGUCUUGCUGUUAGACCGCCUAUAAGGGAGAAACUGGUGAAAGUCAACCUUUAAGCUCCAAAAUCGUGUUGCUGCCUCUCAACAGUUAUCUAAAAAUAAGAAAGUUGCACGUUACUUGGUGUUGUGGAGAGCUGUGCACCCACAGGACCUCCUCUCCCCCGAUUCACAUCCAGCUUGCAGUCAUGCCAAAGACUUAUUCCUUGGUGAGUAAAUGAGAUCUUGAGUUUGGGUAUUUUCAUCUUGGGGAAGGAGGACAAGCCUGUGUGUGAAGGAAAUGGAAAAGAAACCCUUGUAUUUUAGUGAGCGAGUAGUUGGAAGAGGGGAAGUACAUCAGUGUCAGUAAAGAGCAGGGUAUUUUUCUAGCCCAAACCUGCUGACACAGUAGGUCUGCUGGUGCUGAUUUCUGACUUUUUGUCUAGAUUGUAUAGAAGGUCUGAAGCAGGAUUGUAUGAAACCAGAACCCAUGAGGCUUGUGUUGGCUAAAGAUAGUGAUCUGGAUGGAAAUGGCUGCAGUUUGGGAGCAGUGAGAACAGGUUUUCUGCCUCCUGGAGAAAUUCUGCAAUGCAGGUCAAUAGGGGUUAUUCCAAAGAUGAGCCUUAUGGCAGACCCAUCAUGCCUUCAAAAGCCGACAUGUGACAGCAAUUCUGAAACAAGAGAAGUCCCAAAAGCCAGGACUCCUCUCCCUCUUAACUGGUGGUUAAAAACAGGAGAAGGAAUGCGUAGUUUCGGUAUUAAAGUAUGCAGGAUACGCUCUGAGCAGAGCAGUCAGUCUUGUAGCUGGCAUGACCUACAGAGAUAUUUUCAGUGGCUUAGAUAGGUGGUGCCUGCUGUGUGUAAUGUCUUUGAGGACGGUGAUAUAUUGGUUUUCCUGUACAUAGAUUUGCCAACAGUGAUUUGAAAUGAUAUUCUGAAGCUCUUCAAAUAUUCAGUUGUUCUUGGAUGGCUUUUGAAAUGACACCAUCAGGUCAUCAAAUGGUCUUUGAAGAAGUGAGAGUUGUGCUGUUUUUCAUCUGUGACCAGUAGAAAUAUUCAGGGGGUGUAGUUUAAAAAAAACCACCAAAACUAAAAAGCACAACAGUUGAAAGCUUGGCUUGGAGGGAGCAGAUUGCUGGGGAGAGGUUGGUGAGGAGCAGGUUGGCAGCCUCCCUCCUGCACCCGCCACUCAGGCUUGUUGGAGGCAGCGCAGUCCUUACGCGUGUCAGGCACUGCAAGGGGAGCUAAUGUGAGUGCAGGGAAGCUAGAAACCAAAGUGAGAGUCAUCAGGGCCUCAGCAGAGCAUGGAGUCAGUCUUUGCAGGCGCAUCCUCAUCUCCGUGCUGAGGCCCACUGAGGUCCUGCCUGGGUACAAGGAGCGGGCCACGCACAUCCCACUGCGUGUGUAUGCUCUGGCCUGUACCGUGGCUGAUGGUGGAGGCUGCAAAUGGCUGCAUCUGAGGUUGUCAAGGAUGGAGAGUGGCAGUGUGGCUGCUUCCAUCUCCUUUGUUGUUCUAAUUAGUGUGGGGUGAGAAGUGGUGCUCAUGCUCCACUGCCUGUCAUGAGAAGCUCGAGGCUGCUCACUGAGCGAGCUUUAUUGCUCACCCACCUGCCAUUCCCUUUGUCAAACAGCCCCCCAGCUCCUCACAAAACCCUUUCUGAGGUGUGUCCCUGGGAAGGGUUUGGCCAGCUGCAGGUUUUGCAGGGCACAGGGUUGGGCAGAGGGUUAGACACAGACUGGCUGUUGGUCUGUCCUGAGGGCUGCUCCCUCCUCCUAGGCUGGCAUCUACAGCCCAUGUCCCGCUUUGCCACCUUGUAUCUGACUGGGGCAAGUCAGUGUCCUGCCAGGCUGGGAGGAGAUCUGCAAACCUUCAGGCCAGAGGAAACCCGGAGACCGGUGUUUCUGAUUUUCCCUUAGGCCCAGGCGCGGCCUUGCACCCUGUGGCUGCCAAGUCUUGGGCUUCAGGCCCAACACCAUCACAGACAGGUGAGGUGGUACCAUGAGAGCCCUCCCACCUCCUGGGGACUUGGUCCUCCACAUGACCACCCUCCGUUUACAGUAUAGAUUGUGCCUUAAUUCUCCCUGCAAGUGAAGCAGCGAGGACAGAUGAAUUGUUGAGCAACCAGGACCCUUCUGUGUCUCUGUCCGCCUCGCUGACACUGGCCUGCGCAGCAGCCGCCCUGUGUCCCAAACGCUCCCGAAACGCGCCUUGGCCGUUGCUGGGUUCACCUCCCCAGAUUUUAGAGCUGAAUUUACAUCUCUGGGGCUGUGGCAGUUUUUAAUGAGCUCUGUAGUAACCUGCUAUUUCAAUAACCUUUGUUUCUGUGGUGUUAUUGUCUGCCUUGUUCUCUUUUUUAAAAAGCAAAACCCAAAAUGCCUUGUGUUCAACACGAGUCCAAAAUUUCAAAUGGAGAACGAGCCUGAGGUUGCAAAUGUGUUUUAAACCCUGUCCCUGCAUCGACCUGUCUCUCUUGGGCAGGGAGCCUGUUGUGUAUCGUACUUCAUCACCUCUUCAUUUCUACCAUGGUUCUGUUGCCCCUACAAUCACUGACGGACCAUAACAUCAUCCUAAGCGGCACAUGGGUUCAGAAGGAUCAGUUCCAGUCUGCCCUGAAGGCAGCACUUCCCUUUCGCAUGCUGAAAGGCCAUGGGAAUCGUUCACCAUUUGGCUCACAGGGCCCUGAUAGCAGGAGAGGAACGUCAGCCCAGGAGGGACUGCCCUUGGCAGAUGUGGCCUGCCAGGUCCUGCUUGUUUUUAGACAGUCGUGAUGCUGCAUCCCCCCUCUUUAAAAAGAGGAAGAGAGAGGAAAAAACCCCAACCUCAAAAAGCCAGAGGAAAAUUUCCUGCCGAUUGUUGUGUUUUGCAAACACUGGUCUUUUCUCUCGCCCUCUCCCUCCACUCCUGGCGAGGCUGGAGAUGAAAAUGGCUCCUUUGUUCCUUUCCCUGGGGCCCAACUGCAGCGAAAGUGCGGCUCCGGAAACCCUCCGCUGCACGAGCGGCGAGGGUGGGAGGGACCGAGCUGUCGCCGUGUGCGGUCGGUCCUGCACAAAUACAGCGUGUGCUGACAAUGCCCUGGGCAGGAUGGGCGCAGGAGGACGUCGUCGGGCCGGCCACGCAGCUCCUGCGCCGUCCCUCCUGCCGUGGAACCAAGGGGGCAGAGGAAGCGGAGGCGGCUGCCAGUGCCUGUGUUGUCCAGGCACUGACUGGUCACAGGCUGGGGGACUCCUGGCCCUUUUGUUCUCAGCUUUCCCUGAAGCAGCACUUUGCAGCCCGGUGGCAGCUGAUGGCAUCACUGGGGGCUUGUGCCCUGGCUCCUGCACCCAGGUGUUCCUUGCACCCACCCAGCCCCGCUGCUCCACGUUUGGCCACGGUCACGCUGCAAACCCAAGUGCAGUCAUUCAAAAUCCUCCUUGCAGCCCAGGGAUGUGGGGACACCGCUUGUUUUCAAUACUGGACGGUUUCCAUAAAACCUAGAGCAAAGGCGAGCUCCUCAGGGCAGGGGGCACCACAGCAACCCCCAGGUGCUGGGGCAGCCCUCACAGCCCCGAGCUGAACCCGUCUGUAGCUGAGCCAUGUGCGUGUGCGAGUGUGUGCGGUCUGCGUGAGCGACGAGCCCCAGGGCCCUACCCACGGGGCUGGAAGGAGCCCGUGUUUCUGCAGCCAGUGUCUCCCUACCUUGUAGAUGGCCUUUCUUCCCCCUCCCCUCCUCCUCCUUUUUUUUUUUUAUAUAAAAGACAAAAAACAAAUGGAGAGCUAAACUAGCAGAGGUUUUUAAAUAUUUUAUAUUAGUUUCUAAUGUAAAUUCUUACAUUGUUAUUGCAGUGCUGGGUGUGUUUUCACCUGCACGUGACCUUUUGUAAUAUUUUUGUGAAUCGCUGAAUGGUUUUUUUUCCCUCCCGUGUAUUCCAAGUGCAUUAAACGUAU